AUGGCUAGGGCUGAAAAGUCAAAAGGGAAGAAGAAAAGGAAGGAGGAGAAGUCAGAGAAGGAUAAGGGCAAAGCGAAGGCAAAAGACAAGUCUGCCGGGAAGUCUCCUAAGAGAAGGAAGACGGACAGGAAAGACUCACCUUCAUCUUCAUCGAGUCAAUCAGACUCCUCGGAAUCAGAACCCUCAGACUCUAGCCCAGAUCCGGGGAAAACUAGACGCCACUCCCAAUCCUCCACUUUGAGCGACUCCUUGUCAAAGACCGACUCUUCCAAUAACCUGUCAAGCUCCUCUAGUAGUGAUAGCUCUGACUCAGAUUCGGGUUUAAAAUUUAAAAGAAUGAAAGCUUUGUCUCUUGACCUGCCAAACCUACCCAAGAAGUGGCAAAAACAUUUCAAGAAAAUGAAUCGCUAUGUCCUUGAGUAA